CAACCCCCCAAAAGGAAAAGGGAUUGUCGUGCCCUUUCCGCCCCGCAUCAUCGUCUUCCACCACCCCGCCAUACAACGACCCGACAUUUCCUAUCAGACCCUUCCUUCCCACAAAAUCAUCUCCGCACUUGAACAGCUCCCUUGGAAGUUUGCUCUGGAUAACUAUCCUUUUUUUUUCUCUUCGUAAUGCAGGCUCCAGUACUAGUUAUGAACACCCAGUCCGGGGAGCGACAGACCGGACGUAAAGCUCAAAUUUCAAAUAUCACCGCUGCUAAGACUGUUGCGGACAUCAUUCGGUCUUGUUUAGGUCCAAAAGCAAUGUUGAAAAUGCUGUUGGACCCAAUGGGUGGAAUCGUGCUGACAAACGAUGGCCAUGCUAUUCUGAGGGAGAUUGAGGUCGCACACCCUGCUGCUAAGAGUAUGAUUGAGUUGAGCCGGACGCAGGACGAAGAAGUUGGUGAUGGCACUACUACCGUUAUCAUCCUUGCCGGUGAAAUACUCGCACAAGCUCUUCCCCAUUUGCAACGCAACAUUCACCCGGUCGUCAUUAUCCAAGCUUUCAAGAGAGCUCUUGCCGAUGCCCUGGCUAUCGUUGAGGACAUCUCCAUUCCUAUCUCUACUGACGACGAUAAGGCGAUGCAUAACUUGAUUCAGUCUUCCAUCGGCACAAAGUUUGUCUCUAGGUGGUCGAAGCUAAUGUGUGAUCUUGCUCUUUCGGCUGUCCGCACCGUGGCGAGAGAUCAGGGUGGAAAGAAAGAGGUCGACAUCAAGCGUUACGCCAGGGUUGAGAAGAUUCCUGGGGGAGAGAUUGAGGAUUCGAGAGUUCUUGACGGUGUCAUGCUGAAUAAGGAUAUUACGCACCCGAAGAUGAGGAGGAGGAUCGAGAACCCUAGAAUUAUCUUACUGGAUUGCCCGCUGGAGUAUAAGAAGGGAGAGUCUCAGACUAAUAUCGAAAUUAGUAAGGAGGAGGACUGGAGUAAGAUCUUGGAAAUAGAGGAGAGGCAGGUUAAGGCUAUGUGUGAUGCCAUUUUAGCGUUCAAGCCGGAUUUGGUCGUUACUGAAAAGGGAGUUUCGGAUCUUGCUCAGCACUACCUCCUCAAGGGCAAUGUAACAGCCCUUCGUCGUGUCAGAAAGACCGAUAACAACCGUAUCGCCCGUGCCGUUGGUGCUACAAUUGUGAAUCGUGUAGACGACAUCAACGAGUCAGAUGUUGGCACAAAAUGUGGUCUCUUUGAUAUUGAGAAAAUUGGUGAUGAAUAUUUUUCGUUUAUGACAAAGUGCGAAGAUCCUAAAGCUUGCACAAUCCUCCUCCGUGGCCCCUCCAAAGAUAUCCUUAACGAAAUCGAACGUAAUCUGCAAGACGCAAUGGCAGUGGCACGCAACGUCUUUUUCCACCCCCGGUUGGCCCCUGGAGGUGGCGCAACUGAGAUGGCUAUCUCUGCACGCCUCGCAGAGAUUUCAAAGUCCAUAGAGGGUGUGCAGCAGUGGCCAUACAGAGGAGUUGCAGAGGCCCUGGAAGUCAUUCCUAGGACACUGGUCACGAACUCCGGCGCCAGCCCAAUUAGAGUACUCACCCAGUUACGCGCAAAGCAUGUCGCGAAGGAGCACACCUGGGGCAUUGACGGCGAUACCGGCAAGAUUGUUGAUAUGAAGGAGUAUGGUGUCUGGGAGCCCGAGGCAGUGAAGUUACAAAGCAUUAAGACAGCUAUUGAGUCUGCAUGCCUGCUUCUUCGUGUUGAUGAAAUCUGCGGCGCCAAGGGGGCUAAGCAGGGUGGUGGGGGUGGCGGGGGUCAAGAGGAAUAG